CACCUGCGAGGAGGCAGGACCGAGCGGCCCCGCGAACAUCGAGAAUAGUGCCCCAUCAUUGGUGUCACUGAUACUAAUGAUGGGGCAUUAUUUCUCCCACUGACACCAGUGAUGGCGCACUAUUCCUCCACUGACAACAAUGAUGGGACACUAUUCCUCCCCCCACGGACACCAAUGAUGGGGCACUAUUCCUCCCCCCCACUGACACCAACAGUGGGGCACCAUUCCUCCCCCCCACUGACACCAACGAUGGGGCACUAUUCCACCCCC